GGGGAAAAUGUGAGAAACGCUUGGCCUGAGAUCGCACCCAUUUAUUACCAACACUUCACCAUCAUAUUCCUCUGCCUCACUCUCUUCUAAACAAGUAAAUUCUGUCUUCCUUUUUCUUCUUUCUUUCCAUACAAAACAGAAGCAUGAGUUCUGCUACCACAGUAUUGUAGGUAGAGAACAGAAACCACCUUGUUUCGGAAUUCUGUUGCAAAAUUAAGAAGGAAGAAACAUACUCCAUUAAUGGGUGGUGUUAGAUGGGGUCGUCCAGAGUCAUCUUCAUCCAUGAAACUCUUCUUGCUCAUGGUGCCUCUGGUACUGGUUGCAGGGCUUGUUUCUGUAUUGGGUCCUAACCCCUCUAGUUGGCUUUUUAGUGCAAACGCACCUGUGUUAUAUUUGGAGGGCUCUGUUACUUCCUCUUCCUCAACUAGUAGUGGUGCUGUGACUGUGACCAAUCCUUCCGAGGUGAAGCAGAGAGAAGGGUUAGUGGUGGUGGCCGUGGAGAAUCGUGGUGGAGAGAAAGUUAUCUCCGAUGACACUGACUUCAAUCACUCUUCUACACCUCCAUUUUCUGUUCAGGCCAUACAAACACCUCAACAACCUGUGAUGAUGACCCAUCAUUUUAUUUACAAGAACAAGGAUGAGCAAAAUGUUUCGCAACUUUGGGCCAACGUGACUGGUGUGAAUGAGUCUUAUCUUCCACCAGAGAGGCCGAAGCUACAAAGAAAAUUCAGCAUCUUAGAUAGAACCGAAGCUGGUCUAAGACAAGCUAGAGCUGCAAUUAGAGAAGCAAGAAACGGGAAUCAAACACAAGAUAUAGACUAUGUUCCAGUUGGACCAAUGUAUAACAAUGCUAAUGCAUUUCACAGGAGUUACUUGGAAAUGGAGAAACAGUUCAAAGUAUUCGUCUACGAAGAAGGGGAACCUCCGGUUUUCCACAACGGACCUUGCAAAAGCAUAUACUCCAUGGAGGGAAAUUUCAUCCAUGCUAUUGAGAUGAAUGACCAAUUCCGAACAAGGGAUCCUGAGGAAGCGCAUGUGUUUUUCUUACCUUUUAGUGUAGCAAUGCUGGUGCAAUUUGUCUAUGUACGUGACUCUCAUGAUUUUGGCCCCAUAAAAAAAACUGUCACGGACUAUGUCAAUGUCAUUGGCGGAAGAUAUCCCUAUUGGAACCGAAGCCUUGGAGCUGAUCACUUUUAUCUUGCUUGCCAUGAUUGGGGGCCAGAGACAUCACGCUCCAUUCCUAACUUGAACAAGAAUUCGAUCCGUGUGUUGUGCAAUGCUAACACCUCGGAGGGAUUCAAGCCUUCAAAGGAUGUCUCUUUCCCAGAAAUUAAUCUCCAAACCGGUUCAAUAAACGGUUUCAUUGGUGGGCCAUCUGCGUCUAGACGUCCACUUUUGGCCUUCUUUGCUGGUGGGCUUCACGGCCCAAUUAGGCCCGUUCUUCUUGAACACUGGGAAAACAAGGACGAAGACAUUCAGGUUCACAAGUACCUUCCAAAGGGUGUGUCAUACUAUGAGAUGUUGAGGAAGAGCAAGUUCUGUCUUUGUCCUAGUGGGUACGAGGUAGCAAGUCCCAGAGUGGUGGAGGCAAUCUACACAGGGUGUGUGCCAGUGCUCAUUUCAGACCAUUAUGUGCCUCCAUUCAAUGAUGUUUUGAAUUGGAAGUCCUUUUCCGUUGAGGUUUCGGUUAAGGAUAUUCCCAGAUUGAAGGAGAUUCUGUUGAGUAUUUCUCCAAGGCAGUAUAUAAGAAUGCAGAGGAGAGUUGGACAAGUUAGGAGGCACUUUGAGGUACACUCUCCACCCAAGAGAUACGAUGUGUUCCAUAUGAUCCUUCAUUCUGUGUGGCUUAGAAGAUUGAACUUUAGAGUCCACGAUGACCAAUAGUAACUCGCUCAUUAACGUAUUAAGUUUCUGAUUAGUUUGGCAAUGUAAGAUUGUGUGAAUGUGUGAUUCUUUUCCUGUCCUGUAUAAAUUUUAAAUUUGUCAGAAGUAAACAAUAAAAUUAAAAAAAUCCCCACAUUAGGUGCCACUGUCCAUUAUUUACUACUACUGAUCGGACCAAAGAUGUUUACAUAUCUUG